UCACAUGUUCACUUUCCCCAGGGCUUCUACUUGGACUCUGUCCCCUGCAUUUUCUCUUCAAAACCCCUUCCUAAAGGAAAUAGUCUGCUGUAUAAGGGGCUUCCCCAGCUGAAGCUGACAUGAUGGGUGCAGAUUUUGUUUUGAUAUUCAUCGCCCUUUGUACCACUCCAGCAGCCACUGCAAGACUUCAUUCAAUGGCUGAAAAUGAAGAUGCCCUCCUCAGACAUUUAUUUCAAGGGUAUCAGAAAUGGGUCCGCCCAGUAUUAAAUUCGAAUGAUACCAUAAAAGUAUAUUUUGGACUGAAAAUAUCUCAGUUGGUAGAUGUGGAUGAAAAGAAUCAGCUGAUGACAACCAAUGUGUGGCUUAAACAGGAAUGGACAGACCACAAAUUGCGUUGGAAUCCUGAUGAAUAUGGUGGCAUUCAUUCCAUCAAAGUUCCAUCAGAAUCUCUUUGGCUUCCUGACAUAGUUCUCUUUGAAAACGCCGACGGCCGCUUCGAGGGCUCGCUCAUGACCAAGGUGAUGGUCAGCUGGAACGGCUCCGUGGUCUGGAACCCGCCUGCCAGCUACCGAAGCUCCUGCACCAUGGACGUCACCUUCUUCCCCUUCGACCGGCAGAACUGCUCCAUGAGGUUCGGGUCCUGGACCUACGACGGCACCAAGGUGGACCUCGUGCCGCUCAGCGAGAGCGUGGACAGGAAGGACUUUUUCGACAACGGCGAGUGGGAGAUCGUGGGCGCGCGCGGGGCGCGGGGCGAACGCUCCGACGGGCCCCUGCGCUACCCCUUGGUGGCCUACUCACUGGUGCUGCGCCGCCUGCCGCUCUUCUACACACUCUUCCUGCUCGUGCCCUGCCUCGGCCUGGCCUUCCUCACUGUCCUCGUCUUCUACCUGCCCUCCGACGAGGGCGAGAAGCUCUCCCUGUCCACCUCCGUACUCGUGUCGCUGACCGUCUUCUUGCUGGUCAUCGAGGAGAUCAUCCCGUCCUCGUCCAAGGUCGUCCCGCUCAUCGGGGAGUACCUCCUCUUUAUCAUGGUCUUCGUCACGCUGUCCAUCAUCGUCACCGUCUUCGUCAUCAACGUCCACCACCGCUCCUCGUCCACGCAUCGCCCGCCGGCCCCUUGGCUGAAGAGGCUGUUCCUGCAGACGCUGCCCCGCGUGCUGGGCAUGAAGGGCCGCGGGGAGCACCAGGCCCCUGCUGCGGGCGGGCCAGCCCCGAGAGGGACAGCCCUCGGGAGAAAGCGGCAGGCACAGAGCAGCAGCGCGGAGGACAGCCUGCUUGCCUUCCUGGAAGGGGCCGCGGACUCCAUCAGGUACAUUUCUCAGCACGUGGGCAGAGAGCAUCUUGUCCGCCAGGUAGUGCAAGACUGGAAAUUCGUAGCUCAGGUUCUUGAUCGAAUCUUCCUGUGUCUGUUCCUUAUAGCAUCAGUCACAGGCUCAAUUCUGAUUUUUACUCCCGUUUUGAAGAUGUGGCUGCAUAGUUACUACCAAGACAGAGUAUCUGGAUCAAUCUAAAAUACAUCACAUAAAGAUAAAAUUAAGCCUAAAACUGAUUUCCAGCUAGUAUACAUGUGCUAUUCAAGUACACCUGCUCAUUCAAAGGACCCAUAUUGUCCUGGAGGAAAUUGAACUGGGUAGCUGGGUUUGUUCAUAGUUCAUUCAGGGGGCCAUGAGAGUAAGUCAUGAUACCCCUACAGUCUCUGCCCUGAUUUACACAGAUGUUCAGGCAAAGUGACAAGUCCAGACCUGAAGUGACAGGCCAAGAGACACUAGAGCUGUUGCUUAUUGGUGUUCUAAUGCUUCCAGAAGCUGGAGACCAAAACUAAUUAAGAGGACUACAAAUAAUUCAAGGAGGUCUUUGUUUUUAUUUUGUUGUUGUUAUUGUUGUGGUUUGGUUUGGGGCUACACAGUGAUUCUCAGGGAGUACUCCCAGCUCUGCUAAGGGCUGCUCCCGGCAUGUGAAGCAUGCUUGCCAGGCUUUUGCACCUACUAAACCAGCUCCCUAAUUUAUUUGUGCUUUCUCUCUUCCUUCCUUUUCUUUCUUUCCUCCUUUUUAACCUUCUUUAUUUCCUCUUUUCUUUUCUUUCUUCCCUUAUCUCACAUAAGUAAUAUCACACAGUCUAUCUUUAUCUGGCAUAUUUCACUUAGAAUAAUGUCUCCGGUUUGGGGAAGAGACUGAAGUGUGAGUCCCUAGCCUGGAUCUGAAGCACUGUAAGAAUUAUAACCAUCAUCAUAAUAGUAUUUUUUAAAACAUAAUAUCCCUUUCCAGGAUUUGAAAUCAAAGUAAUGUCUUUCAGGCUUAUCCAUGUCGUCCCAAAUGACAGGUUUUCCUUAGAAAAGCUGACUAUCAUAUCACCCUGUGGCGAUUGUGGGGGAGUUUUGUGGGGCGAUGUAUGUAUGUGUCAUAUGUGGGGUGUGUGUGUGUGUGUGUGUGUGUGUGUGUGUAUGUGUGUGUGUGUGUAAAAUCAUGCAUCACUUAACCGGGAUGUACUUUGAGAAAUGUAUCAUUAUUUUUCCCUUGUAGAAAUAUCCUGGAUUAUAAUAGAAAAACAAGCCUACAACUAAGACUGUAUAGACUAUUAGGACACUGCCAUAAAUGAGAUCCAUUGUUAAGUCUAACACCAUUAAGAGUUGCAUAAACAUAUGCCACAAUUUCUGUGUCCAUUUAUCAGUCAGUGGAUGUUUAACAUGGUUUCCAUGCUUUGACUAUUGUACAUAAUGCUGCAACAAACAUGAAAUUAUGACUGUCGUUUUGAGGGAAUGAUUUUAUUUUCUUUGGCUAGAUACCUAAAAAUGAGAUUGUAGGAUAAUGUGCAGUUUUAUUUUCAUUAAUUGUUCCAACACCAGUUCCACCUCCAGAGUAACUGUCCCUCUACGAUUGUCCCCAUAUUCCCAACCACCGUGCAAGUCUGCCCUCUUAGAAGGCACACAAUUACUUAUAUAUUGCUUAUUACAACUAAAUGACUAAUUGGAUUAUCAAAAUACUUCAGGGCCAGAGCAGUGGUACAAUGGGGAGGGCAUUUGCCUUGCACAUAGCUGGCAUGGAUUAGAUCCCUGGCAUCCCCUGAGCACCGCCAGGAGUAAUUCCUGAGUGCAGAGCCAGGAGCAACCCCUGAGCACUUCCAAGUGUGAUCCAAAAAGACAUAAAAAAAACUUUAGCAAAAGAAAAUUUAUGAAAAUUGUUCUAUCUCACCACGUGAUCAUUAAACCCUUGCCUGUGGAUUUACUGUUUGUUGCUAGUUGACUUUUAUGUGUUAUUGGGGUUUUUUUAAAUUCUUUUUUAUUGAAUCACCAAGAAAUACAGUUACAAAGCUUUCAUGUUUGAGUUUCAGUUAUACAAUGAUCGAACACCCAUCCCUCCACCAGUGCACAUUUUCCACCACCAAUGUCCCCAGUAUAACCCCUCCUUCCCAACCCUCCCCCUGCCACUAUGGCAGACAAUUUCCCCUUCUCUCUACUUUUGGGCAUUAUGGUUUGCAAUAUAGAUACUUAGAAGCUAUCACAUUUGGUCCUUUACCCACUUUCAGCACACAUCUUCCAUUCAGAAUAAACCCUCCAACCAUCAUUGACUUAGUGAUCUCUUCUCUAUUCCAGCUACUUUCUCCAUCAGCUCAUGAGACAGGCUUCCAACUAUGGAGCAAUAUUCCUGGCCCUUGUGUCUACUGUCCUUGGGUGUCAGUCUCAUGUUAUUUUAUAUUCCACAAAUGAGUACAGUCAUUCUAUGUCUGUCCCUCUCUUUCUGACUCAUUUCACUCAGCAUGAUACUCUCCAUGACCAUUCAUUUAUAAGCAAAUUUCAUAACUUCAUCUUUCCUAACAACAGCAUAGUAUUUCAUUGUGUAGAUGUACCAAAGUUUCUUUAAUCAAUUGUCUGUUCUAGGGCACUCAGAUUGUUUCCAUAUUCUGGCUAUUGUGAACAAUACUGCAAUGAACAUACAGGUGCAGAUGUCAUUUAUACUGUGCUGUUUUGCACCCUAGAGAUAUAUUCCCAGAAGUGGUAUAGCGGGGUCAUAUGGAAGCUCAAUUUCUAGUUUUUGAAGGAAUGCCUAUAUUGGUUAUUUUUUUGGUUGAGUUUAGCUGGAUUAAAUGUUACUAGUUUGGUGUGCUCCUACUGGGAUGUCAGUAUUGUGAAAAUUGGAGGUGUUGUGUGGUGGUCUAGAAUCUUCAGGAUCUGUAGAAGGGGUGAAUUGACAUGUCUCAGCUGUAGAAUGUGGGUUUUGUCUUUCCAAAGUAAGAGAAGGUUGGGGAGAGUUGCCUGCCCCCACUCCAAGAAGACCCCAUAGUUCUCAGCCUGAACACCAGUGCACCUGGAAUUAUCGCACUGGUAUCUUUAGAUAUUAGUUUGGUAUCUGCAGAGAUUAAUCAUGAGACAGUGGAACUGGACCAUUAGCAUGUCAGCAGCUAGGAUGUGAGUGCAGCUGUCAGGGCUUCAGUAGGUCUUGGCCUGCAUACCUCCUGAGGCAGCCAGAGUUUCAGCAGAGAGACUGAUGUAGCCAUGAAUUUUAGUGGCUUGGCUUGUUUCUCCUUGGAGAUUUAGUUGUGACUAAAUAGAGCAGGGCUUGCUGGUAAGUCAACAUGGCAGCAUCUGUGGGAUGUGGGCAUCGCUCCUGGAGUUUCCAGAAGUAUGAGGAGCUUAGGGAGGCAGAGUUCUCAGCCCCAAUACCAGUAUACCUGCAAUUUUCAGUUUCCUGGUUUUGCAGAGAUUGGUUGUGGAAACAGUGGGGUUGGUGCAGCAGCAGCUGUGAGGUGUGAGGUGUGACUGCUGGGGCUUCAGUGGGGUGGGACUUGGCCCUCUCUGCUCCCAAGGACACUUUAGUUUUCAGCUGGGAGACCUGUGUAUGCAUGAAUUUAGCAUCUUGUAUUGUUCUAAGAGAAUUCAAGAAACUUAGCUGUGAAUCUAAGAGAUUUAAUUUUGAAUCAAGCAAUAAUUGUGUGCUAAAUAUUUCUCUAAAUCCAGUUGCUAUAAUCUGUAUAUGAAACUGAAACACUAAAUAUAUCAACAGUGGUGGUACCAUAUCACAAAAUGUGUAGAUAUAUAUUCUAUUUAAUGACUAUGAGUAAUCUUGGUUUUUCAGAUUGUUGGAUUCUUGGACACAUUUGAACAUUAGAAAGAUGAUGAAUCACAGUAAAUCCACCAUUGGCAAUAAAAUUGCUAGUGUAUGUUGGUAACCAAACAAAAAUAGGUGAGUUUUGGAGUUAAUACUAGCCUGUGUUCAGCUUAGGGGAAUAGAGCCAUUGUAAGAUGGUGGGAAUUCUUCAUAGCUAGCUGUUUGCCAACCUCUAGACUUUUGCAAUAGUCAUUGUUCACUUUUCCUGCUUCUGGGUAGAUACCUAUCCCGAUGAUGCCAGUUGUCACUUCUUUCUUCCUCUUGUGCCCUGAUCUCUUCUCUUGGAAAGUGUUCCUUUAAUUAACCUCCUUAUCUGUAGGACACCCUUUCCUAGUGCCCACAUUUAUUCUUAAAAUAAACCAGAACCAUUACUAAUAGAAAUAAACUUUAAAGUAGUCUGAGCUGUUCUGUUGGCAUUUCUUGACAUUCAAAUCACCUUCAAAGUAGUUCUAAGUUUCAAAAAUGAAAUCAUUUGUAUAUAUUUUAAAUUUUUAAGUGAUGUAAUCAGUGUAUUUAGUUUAAAUAGCUACCAGUUUUGUAUCAUAGAACUGUAUUCAUAUGCGCCAUGUGCACACAUUAUGGAACCUUGGGUCUAUUAAUACCCCUAAAUUUGUAGUUCAUCCUCUUGUCUGAACUAUAUAUCCAUUUAUUUUCUCCACAUUUUGACUACAUUUAUCCAAGGAAAGCAACAUAGUAAAAUGAAAACCAUAGCAAUAGGUUCUAAAGCAGUUCUAACCAAACCUUGGGAGCUGUGGGAUGUCAGAAAAGUCACUUGCUCUCUUGGGACUUCAGUUUCCUGUCAAUAACAAGAGAUCAUAACACAUGACCUUCCAAAGCUUGCUUCUGCUCUAACAUUUUGGUUGGCAUUAGAAUUAUGUGCAUAAUUAUGUGCAUAAAAUCCAUUAUUAAUAGCAUUUUAAAACAAAAUCUCAGUCAAAAUUUUUAAUUCUAUAUUGUAGAGAACUAUAAAGAACUUUCACAAAACUUCUAAGUAUAACUAUAUUCCUUUGAGGGAAUGUAAUCUGCUCUAUCAAUACAGUAGAACUGGAUUUGCAGGAAUACAUUGUGAUGAAAAUCAAGAAUGGAUUUCCUGACUUGAAUCCCUGGUGGGAUUGUGUAUUCAAAGGGCAAAUCACUGCUCUGCCUUUUAUUGAGAGCACUGUUGACUUUAACUCAUUACUUAACUUCACUUGACUCAUUAGUUUGCUAGGUAAAUGGCAGUACUAAUCUUAUAAAAGAUGUUUUAGAUCUAAUUCUGUUUUAAAUUUUGAAAAACACCCCAUGAAAUGCUUGCAAGCCUCUUUCUGACCAGUCACAAACACAGCAAAGGUCAAACAUUUACAUGUGCAGCUUAAAUCUCCUUGCAGCUAAAUGGGAGGCAAUGAUAAGUUUAACACAUGAAAAAAGAUAUUAUACAUCACAAUAAUCUGAAGGGCAGUAACCACAAAAGAUAGCUAAAGUAAAUUUGUUUUUAUUUCAAACUCAUAGCAAGAAAAAUCUGUGGGCAAAACCUGCCAGCUAACCCAGCUAACUCCAACACAUGCACAUGACAAGACCCAUGUCAAGUGCAUGAACAGGUGGAAAAUACACGUGUACAGGCACAUAGAGAUGCCCUUCCUGUCCUUCGGAUCUCUAAUCACCUUGACCUGAAGACUUUACAGAACACUUGGCCCCACUGUGCACCUUGCUUCUCAAAGUCAAUUGGGAUUCCAGUCUGCUAUAUGGGUCAGAAUGAAAUUGUUCUCUAGAAUUUUAUUAAGUUAAUCUUAUUUCCUUAACUAUAGACUCUGUUAUUUUCUCAAUUGCUUCUAAUAGGGGUGAGUAUAUAAUAAGGCUUGAUUAAUAUUUGGUAGCUAAUUAAUCUAUCGCUCAAACUUCAGAUUGAGUUAUUUGCGUAAAAUGAGGACAAAUUUGUAUAGUGUCAGCAUCUUCUAUUAUUUCCAGUUCUCUUCAUGUGUAGGUAUGUGUGAUUUUCAAUAUGCUCCUUGAUUUUUCAGCUAUUUCUAAUUUAAUUGGAAAAGUCAAUAAUUCCAUACUAAAGUUUCACUAUCUCAAGAAUAGUCUAUAUCCAGAUAGCUAGCUUGUUUAAGACAAAAUUUAGCCUAUGGCAUUAUGCUUCUUAAAUUUAUUUUAGUCUCUUUCUUGAUAUUGGUUUCUUAAAAGGACUGUGUCCUUUGUUUCCCCUCAAUACAAGUUUUCACAUUCUCCAAAGAAUGUUUUCCUUCAGGACAUUAUCUCUGGUUCCUUACUUCUGGUAUCAUUUAACCUGCUGUAGUUUCCUGUAUUUCCUAUAAAUUAGAAGUUAUACCUACAUUUCUAGUUCAGUCAUUUGGCAGGAUACAUCAUGACCAAAUAGAUGAACUCUCUGCUGUCUCCUCAUCAGUGUUAUGCCCUAGAUUAAAGUGACCACAGCCUCCUCUCUCCCUACCAAUGAUAAACUUAGUAUUAGCUAUUCCCCUCAAAACAUAGCAAAGUUAUAAAAAAAAUUAUACCUAAAAAUCUUCCUUUAUUAUUUAGUGAAGCUAAAUCAUUCUACUGAAAAUAAUUUAGGGACUUAUGAGGAGAGAGAAAGAUAUAGAGAUUUAGACAGAUCAAUAGAAGUUCAAGAGAAACAUGGGUUUCUCCAGUGUAGAAAAGCAGAAAAUGGUUUUUAGAAGAAAGUUGUAUACUAUUUCUUUGAACUGUCUUGGCCUGGAUAUAACUGUUUCUUAAAAGAUUAUCUCUAUCCAGCUGUGCUAGAAUACUGUCAUUUCCAAAGAGUGACGUUUUUAUGCUGGGUUAUGUCUUUUGAUUAUACUUUGAUUCUUUCUGAGAAGCACAGACUGAUAUACUAAUUACACCCAUGGUGACUACCAUUUGUGUUUAAUUCAACCUGUAUUCCUUUUUGUGUUAUGGUUUUCUGUUUAGUA